GCCACACGUCGCGUCGCGUAGAGCCGUAGAAGCACGCGUAUUACAAAAUAAACGUACUCAUGUUCGAAAUUUAAACUAUUUGAAAUGAACAUUUAAUUUUAAUUUAAGUUUUAUUUACGAGUAUUUAUUUGAAGUACUUUUUUUAUAAAGUGAAGCAACUUUUUUUUUAGUUGGGAAAAGUUGUGAAGUUACUUGAGAACUUUGGAAAUAAAUUGAUUUAUGUGUUGAAAUAAAAUGAGUGUGGAACUGUUGCGGAUACUAAAGAAUGAAGCUAAAUAUGCGAGCGAGGAUAAAAAGAGUGGAAGAUGGUUGAAGAGAAAAGAAACCAUACGUGCGCAAAGAGUAACACUAUAUAGGAAUAGUUUAAGGAAAGAAAGAACGAAACGGCAGAUUGAGAAUGCUACGGAGACGAGCACAAUAGAGGCUGGACCAAGGAAAUCUGCUUCCCCCCCGUCUCGUGUCUCCGCGGGUGAGAUUGAAUGGAGUGGAGUGACAGGAGGACCACCAGCAGAAGUGGUGCUACGGUUACAUCCCUCCACAUCCACGUAUCCCGGACAUAAUCCACGCACCAACUACUCUACCUCUUAUAUUGAACGCUCAAAAGUCACGGAUUGUCCCCCAGCAGAAGUAAUAUCCAGACUACACCCAACACAGGAAUCUACGUAUCCUGAUAUUAAGAUCGCCAAUUUAUCAUUAACCCACUUUGAUGGCAGUGGCGUCGUAGUACGCGCUGAAGAGGCACUGAUAGUCGCAUUCGUGUUGUUGCUGUGGGUUGCCGCUAUAGCGCUGUUUUUCAACCGCUGGGGCAAGAUCAGGAUGCUCGAACCAUAUCAGCCAAAGUUUCAACAGCAACAUCGUCAAAGUUGUGCCCUCGCGGAGGCUUCAGUUUCAGUGCCUCCUCAUCAUCGAGCGUCCCUGUCGCGAGGCUGUGUGUCAUACGACUGCGGGGUAUCUUUUUCCGCUUACCAGCCAUGUGGGUAUCUUGCGCAUCGUCCACGACAGAAUUCGGUCUUCGUCGGCAGUAUGGGUGGCAUGGCACUCAUACCAGAGAGCCCUCCUCGCCGCUCUCGCUCCGUAGCCGACCUUCCAGCCCUCGUCACCCCAUCAGACCACGCCACCCACACCCCCAGGUCCUCAAGGGCUGCAAGCCUCCAUAGUGCUGUAGACUUAAGAGUUUGCGCUUCCCCAAGGACUUCUAGAGCUGCAAGCCUCCAUUCAACAGCUGACAUGCAGCAUGUACAGGUCCAUGUCAGGGGAUCUGUGGCCAAUGUGAAUAAACCCAGGAGUCCUAGACGAUUGACUAUAACCAAUGUGUAAAAAGAGUGUACUUAGAAGUAUUUUUUCUUGAAGAAACAGGAUAAAACUUCGAUGGACCAAUUAUAAUUUUCUGUUUUGGUGUUUGGACUUUAAGAAAAUAUAAUUUUCGUCUUUAGUAUAAGUUUCGUCCUAGAAUUUCAGUUAGACGCAAGUGAUAUUUAGCUGCAUAUAACGCACAUAGCUCCGAAAAGUAAGAGUUGCCUGCCCGGGUUUUAACCCCUGAUCUGUCGAAUAGGAGGCGGACGUGUUAACCACUAGACCACUACAGCUCCCCAUACAAGUACAAUAAGAUAAAUCUAACAUCGAUAGUAAAGUUGGCG